GCGUUUUUUAUAGUUUAGGAUAAACAAGAAAUUUGACAUAUCAGCUGACAAGUGUUGGCUAAACUGUUUGUUUACUAUGACCUAUGACAAUUUUGAAAUCUGUUCAUGAGAUUUAAUUUUAAAUAUAUCCUUUAACGAUAACAUUUUCUAUUCUUUUGUUCCUUGCAGACAAUUCGAAUCUUAUGUCCUUAUUGAAGUGCAACAUUUUGGGAUUUAUAAGUUGAUUACAGGUUUUUAAUAAUGGUUAUCGAUCGGUUUGACAACUACAUUGAUUAUGGCAGUUGUUUUUAAUACUUAUUAUACUUACAAAAAGAAAUAUCCUCGCUCGUCGGAAAUCUCGUUUUGAUAUUUAUCACCGAUUAUUAAUCAAUGACUUCAUAAUGGAUGACAUAGCUAUUUGGGAAAGUGCAUCAGCUAAUAUUAUUUUACCUGUUAUCUUGUUGUUUGCUUUUGUGAUAUUUCUUAGCUUACAAGAAAAGUAUGGUCGUGAAUCUCAUUUGAAUCUAAAUGACAAAAAACACAAUUGGCAAUCUGUUUCUGACUUUACCAAGUCAUAUCGCUGUAGUGGUUGCCACACACUCCUCGUCAAGGGAGUUGUUUGUGAUACUUGUGGUUUGAGUGCUGAUGGUCCAUGUAUGGAUACUGUUGGUGCUAGUUUUCUUUGUAAGGAAGUUUCUUUGGAUUCUCAGCAACCAUUUAAGCACAGAUGGAUAGAGGGUAAUUUUCCAAUUGAAGUUGGUUGUGAAGUUUGUUCUGAAGAUUAUUCAAAAGACUGGAAAUGGAAGAGAUGUAUUUGGUGUCAUAAAACAGUACACAUACGUUGUCAAUUAUUUUUAGGUGAGGUUUGCGAUUUUGGAAAACUUCGUCAAGUAAUAAUUCCUCCGACCCAUGUUGAAAUCAGUAAAAAGAAGUCUAGGAUGGUUCGUGGAGGUUUCAAACUUCGUUCUAUUUCUGAUCCAAACAUAGUGGAUUGGUCACCGGUUUUCGUUAUAGCAAAUAAAAGUUCUGGGUCGAAAGCAGGUGAAGAAAUUCUCAGCAGAUUCCGAUCUCUCUUCAAUCCUUUGCAGACUUUGGAACUUUCUCCUCACUCUCUGAAAAGAUUGGUUUACAUACUUACUUUGUUACCUCAAUCAAGUAAACCGAUCAUACUUAUAGCUGGUGGAGAUGGAACUGUGGCUUCUAUUUUAACUCUGCUGUAUAAGAACCGUAACAAUAUUAAGUGUGAUUUUCGAGUUGGGAUUGUACCACUUGGUACUGGAAAUGAUCUGUCUAGAGUUCUUGGUUGGGGAAAAGAGGAAUCAACACCAUUUUCUGCUCAUCAGAUGUUGAAUAAACUAUUGACAUCCACGCCAUUAUCAAUGGAUAGGUGGGAGGUCAAUAUAGUUCAAAGUCGUCGUCUGGGAAUUUCUCGCCCUCCACAGGUAAAAUUUAUGUAUAAUUACAUUUCUGUAGGUGUUGAUGCUAGGGUUACUUUGGAUUUUCAUAAUGCAAGGAAUUCAUCGUUAUAUCUUGGAGGUCGUCUCAUCAACAAAGCUUUAUACCUUGCUUUUGGUACUCAGCAAGUGGUUGAUAGAGAAUGUAUUGGUUUGGAAAAGAAGAUAGAAGUUGAACUGGAUGGUCUUAAAAUUCAAUUACCUGAAUUAGAAGGAGUAGUUAUUCUAAAUAUAGCAUCUUGGGGGGCAGGCUGCCAUAUUUGGGAUUUAAAAGAACCUGAUGAACAGAUUAGUGAACACUCAAUGUCUGAUGGUAAAUUAGAGGUUGUUGGGAUAUAUUCUUCAUUCCACAUGGCCCAAAUGCAAGUCGGUCUUUCAAGCCCAUAUAGGAUAGGCCAAGCAUCCAAUGUUAAGAUCGUUCUGAAAGCAAGGGAACCUAUGCAGAUGGAUGGGGAACCUUGGAUGCAAUCUCCAUGUGUUGUUGAAGUAAAAUUUGGAGACCAGGUCACUGUAUUGAAGGCUCCGAUUGAAAGCCAGGAGGAGGCUGGGGAUGAAACUAUGAGCAAGGAAUUUUAGAAGUAUUUAUAGAUCUUAAAAAGUGAUCAAAUGUCAAGGGAUGCUGUUACAUAAGCUAACCUUGACAAUAAAUGUUAUAGAAUAUCCAAUGUCAAUAGCUGAUAAGAGAAAUCUCAUUUAAAAUAUAAUUAGAAGGCAACAUUAGCAUAAUUUAAUGAUACAGGUUAAAAUCUAAGACAGAAAUUAUGUAAUUAAUUUUAAAUGAUAUAGUUGUAAAGACUGGUCCACAUGCGAUGAGUUAGCAGUAGAAGAUAUUGUUGUGAAUUAGAUCAGAUAUAAGACCUGAAUUGGAAAAUUGGGUAAAUUUUAAAACUGAAUUAGAACAAAGCACUAUUUAGAGAAUUCUAUAAGUGAGCUGUUUUUUUUUUUUUUCUUCCCACCAGCAAAACAGAAACUUAUACGAGGGUGAUCUGGAAAGUUUUCAACAUAGUCUCCUUGUAACUCUACUCAUUUCUCCCAGCGAUGCUCCCAUCUUUGUUACCCAUCCAAAAAGUACUCGGUGUUUUUCUCUGCAAAAUAAUUGUUCACGAAGUUUAUUGCUUCUUCAUUUGACAAAAAUCUCUGUCCUCUAAGCACAAUUUUUAGAUGAGGGAACAAAAAGAAGUUGCUUGGUGCUAGAUCUGGUGAUUAAGACGGAUUGUCAAGCAGUUCAAACUGUAAUUCGUGGAUUUUCUCCAUGGCAACCGCUGAGGUGUGACUGUGCGUUGUCUUGGUGAAACAGGAUUUUCUUUUUCUGCAAAUAUGGCCGUUUUUCCGUAAGUUCUGCCUUCAAGUUGUCAAGUAAUGAUGAGUAGUAUGCUCUUGUACUGGUUUUUCCUGUUUGAAGAUAGUCGAUUAAAAUAACUCCAUAACUAUCCCAAAAAACAGUCGCCAUCACUUUCCCAGCCGAAAAAAAGAGUUUUUGUUUGUAGCCGGUUCUCCCUUUGCAGUCCACUGUAUGGACUGUAUUUCUGUUUCAGACAUAUAAUGGUGUAUCUAUCCAAGUUUCAUUUGCAGUAAUUAAUCGGUGCCAAAACUCGGAUUUAUUGCGCCUAAACUGUGUUAACAGAGCGUUGGAAAUGUUCGUACAAACAUGUUUUUGGUCUAAUGUGAGCAAACGUGGCACCCAACGUGCGUACAGCUUUCUCAUAUCUAAAUUUUGAUUUAAUAUGUAAUAAACACGUUCUUUUGACAUGUUCAUAACCUCUGCUAUCUCUCUCAAUUUAAUUUGGUGAUCGUCUAGCACCAUUUGGUGAACUUUGGCGGUGUUUUCGUCGGCAGUUUUUGGAAGUCCUGAACUUCCAUCGUCUCCCAAGCUCCUAUGGCUACAUUUAAAUUCAGCUGCCCAAAAUUUCACUAUGGUAAAUGAUGGUACAGAGUCCCCACACACAGAAUCCUACUCAUCUUAGAUUUGCAUAUGCGUUUUGCCUUUCAAAAACAAAUAUUUAAUGAUAGCUUGGUACUCAAUUUUGUCCAUUUUCACAAAAACGCUCACUUAAACGACUCUUACAUAACAACAGUGUCCGAAAUGGCUGAAACUUUGGUGGGUAACUGUCAACAGAUAACAACGAAAUUCACUUGCUUUUAUUUACGAGUGCUGCCAUCUUCACGUUGCGGUCGGAAACUUUACAGACCACCCUCGUAUUGGUGGGCGGGGUGGCCGAAUGGGCUAAUGUGUGUGCACUGCACCGCCGUUGCCCGGCAACCUGAUAUAUGACUCAAUGAUAUGAAAAUAUCAUGAGUUCGGUUCCCGGUGCCGGAGGAGUCUUUUAAAUUCCCACUCACACCCCCUGGCCCGGGAAAACCCCAUAUAACCUUAACGGCAAGGAAGGGGAGGACACUAAAAAAAAAAAAAGAGCACCCUCGUAUAUAGUUAUUAUACUUUAUAAAUGCUAAUUUUUCUGUUCUUCAAAAUAAUUAGAUUUGUUGUUACUAUUCUAAUUUUGUUGAGUAUUUAGAAUGUACUCAUUAAUUUUGACUACAAUUAGAUAUGCUCCAAAGAUUUCAUACUAAAGUUAGAUUAUUGAUUUUCGUUUUAAAUCUAAUUCUACCAAACAAGAUCGAUUCCUUCUCACAUUGACUGUGGCACAGAAAGCCAUUACUUUUUCCCACUGCUAAAAAUUUUUAAUAGUACUAUUGAACUAUAGUACUAGUUGAAAUUUUCUACUCUCAAUCUAAAUACCCAGACAGCAUGCUGAAGAUCCUUUGGCAUUAGCCUCAGGGAAAGUUUUGAAGCAUUUAAGACGCCAUCACUCAAGGUGUAAAUAGUUAUUUCUUUUUUUCUCAUCACAGCAUAGUGUGAUAUAUAUACACGGUAGUAAUCAAUUUUCCUUGGUAAAUUUUGAUGUAUCAAAAACAUGAAGUAGUAAUAAUACACAAAGAAAAAAAAAACACCGGGAAAAAAUUGAACCAAGAAUUUUGGCUUUGGUCUCAAAGGAAGCCUCAACAGUUUGCAUACACAAUUUAGUUUGAUGAUUUGCUGGAACAUGUGGACUGGUCUUAAAUAUUUUAUUAUUAAAUUUGAAGCAACUAAUAUGCAGAGUGUGGUUUAAUUAAGAUGAUAAAAUCAUUGUAUGUGGUAAUGUGAAAAAAGUAUUUAUUAUUUUUAUAAGUUAGUUUAUUAUUGGAAAAAUUCCAAACCACGCAGCCUUUUCUCUCCAAAAUGCAGGCAAAUAAAAAAUCCGUCAAUGUUUCGCCAAUUUAGGCAUCAUCAGAACAGAAAAGAACAGCUAAUCGAACGUCACUCCAUCGAAAUCCAAUCGCAUUCUCUAAUAAGCAAGAUUUAGAUGAGGUUUUGAAAUUCUGUAGUAACAAUCCAGAUAUUUGUAUUUUAAAAUCUGAUAAAUCUAAAAAAGUCAAGUCGUUAUCAUUACUAAAGAAAUGUACGAUGAUAAAAUGCUCCAGCUCAUAAAUAAUCCUGUUACUUAUAAAUCGAUAGAGAAAUAUCCGCUUACAAAAACCAUUGACGAAAUUGACAAGUAUGUACAUAAAUUUAAUUGUGAAAACUUUAUUGAUAAAGCUACUAAGACCAAAUUAACCACGAAUACACCACAGCACUCCAGAAUAUAUGGAUUGAUCAAGUUGCAUAAAAAUUAUAAACCACUUAUAACCAUAGUAAAUAAUAUCAAAGAUUCUUCAUACAAGCUAGAAAAGUUUUUCAAACUCUCUCAAAAUCAAAAUCUCAGUACUAACAACCCAUAUGAUAUAUAAAACUCUUAUUGAAAUUCACAACUGUAUUAAAUGAUAAAUAAAAAGAGUAAAUAUGAAAUAAGUAACAUGACAUGUACAACAUGAAGAGAAACUACCCAUUGGUAGCAUUCCAAUUAUAUUUCUAUAUUAGAAGGUCCUGAGGCCAUCUUCUUUUCAGAUGCUUCGGAGGGUUAUUAGGAAUAGAAGAGGAAGCAAGGUUGGAAACAAGAGCAAGAGGGUUCAGAAGUUUAUUAUGAAAGGACAGGUAUCUGCAUUGAGCUAAAUCGGACACAUAUGGUACAUUAAGGUCGUUAUGGAUGAUUUCAUUUGUGACAAAGUAGGGAGCAUUGAGGAUUUUAUGAAGGAUUUUGGAUUGUAGGGAUUGGAUACGAAAGGAAUUUGAUGGUUUAGUAGAGCCCCAAAGCUCGAUCCCGUAAGUCCAAAUAGGACUUAUUAUAGUAAUAUAAAUGAGUCUUUUGUAAAUAGUUGGAAGUUUGGAACGUCUAGUAAGUGCUGCAGUAGUCGAAAACAUGGGGCGGUUUAUAGUCGUUUCAGUCUUAUGGGGGUUGGCCAAAGGUAAUAUUGUAAAAUUAAAAAUCAUUUGUGAUAAUGAAAGAUUAAUCAGUUUUGAUAUGGUUUCCUUGUUUACUUUUAUACCACUGUCACUUAUGUUUGAAAUUAUUUCUGAUGAAUGGGAACAAAUUGUACCAUAUACAUGCAUUAAAAAUAAAGAAACUUUUAUUGAAGGCUUAAAAUUGAUCUGCGAAAAUGGCUUUUUUAAAUGGAAUAAUAUAUUUUACCAACAACUUGCUGAUUUGCCAUAAGAGGAGUUUUAUCUGUUGCUCUAAGCGUUAUAGUUAUGAACAGACUUCUUAAAGACAUAAUUAAUUUAAUUAACAUAAAAUGAGUAUGUGAUUGGAUUUCAUUGGGUGAUGUUCGAUUAGCUGUUCUUUUCUGUCCUGAAUUGGCGAAAUGUUGACAGGGUUUUCUUUACCUGCAUUUUGGAGGCUUAAAGCUGUGUGGUUUGUAAUUUUUUCAAUAAUAACCUAAUAUUUAUGUUCUUUCUCUUGGUUAUUUUGUUAUUAAUUUAUAACAAUAUUUUUAUAGUAUUCAAUAUUUAUUAUGGUUGGUGCAUAGUACUGUUAACAUUUAAUUUUAUCCUUUAUCACAAUUAAGGAAAUCACAUUGAAUUUGUAUAGAAUAACUUAAAAUUCUAUGUAAAAGUAGAAUGAAUAAUAUUUAUUAUGGUUUCUAAACUAUUUUUAUCUGGAAAAGGAAGUAAGCAAUUAAAAAUGGUUUAUUUUAUUAAAAAUUGAAUAAAUAAGAGAUACAUAUUUUUAUUUAAGUAGACCAGUAAAUUGCUAUGGAGUGUGAAUGAAACAUCCGUCCUCAGAUGGAUAUAGUUUGCGCCUAGCAUAUACUAAUUGUUUAUAUUCAUGUAUGUUUUGUGGAUCACACCGAUAUUAUGAAAGCUACAGCAAACAAUUUUUGUAUUGCAAUUUUCACUCAAAUCAGUAAGGCUAGUAAUAUGAGUGAACAGACCAGGCAUUUUCAAUUAUGGUUUAUAUUUUUAAAAUAUUUUAUGUUGAUAUCAUGUAAUUGUAUAUUUUUUAUUCUUAUAUUAGUCCUUUAUCUUUUUUUAAGUUCAGUGUGAAGAGUAAAACAUUUUAUAUUUUUAUAAAUAAUUUUUUUAAAAGUUUUAUAAAUCACCAUUUAUGUGGUAAAUUUCUAUUGUUUUGGAAAUAUGGCAAAGAUUAAGAUGACAAUAUGUAUACCAAAGACUGGUAUGAUAGUAUAUUAAAAAGCAAUAUGUCUGUCUGGAAGACGGAUGUUCCUCAUAAUGCACAAAAAUAAUAAUUAAUUUAAUUUGUCAAUAUUGUUUCAUAUUUAAUAAUAAUUUGUCAUCAACUCCAUUAAAUUUCAAUGCAUUUAAAUUAAAGUUUAUAUCUUUCUAGACUUUAGUGCCGAAGAGGAGCAGCUCAAAAAUCCAAGCCUCCCUCUUCUUUGUCACUUUUCCAAUUAUUAUUUUAUUUAAUUUUUGUUAUUCCAGGCCCGUACCUGAAGUUUUUUUUAUUUUCUAAGGAAUAGGUCAUUAAAAUUAAUUUUUAAAAAAGAUCUUGAACCAUUUAUUAAAAAUUGGGAAAAAUAAAGUAAUUGAAAAAGUACAAAUAUUUUUAAACACAAAAACAUAAAUAAACACCUUAAAAUUGAAUAGGAACAUGAAAAUAUUAUGUUUACUAACAUUAGUAUUUUGAAAAUUAAAAUUACUAGAAUAUUUAUAUGUUUAUGGUGAAUAAGAUUUGCUAGAUUUCUUGAACACUUUAUCUUAGAGCUCAGCCAAAGUCAAUCUAAUCCUAAUGAUUUAUAAAAUCAACAUCAUUAAUUUCUCUUUUAAAAAAAAAAGGAAAAUUUAACAAGCUUAUUUGUUAUAAUUUCAAUAUAAUUGAUAAUUAAUAAUUUAUUUUUUCUUAAAAAUGAAUAUAAAAAAGCCCAUACUGAGCUGUCAGAAAUCAAGUAUUAAAAACAUAGAAAAUUGUUCACCUUAUUUAUUCUUGUUGGGUGUAAAUAAUUACAUUUGGUAAAACUGUGAUACAACUCCUUUUGCCAAAUUUUUAAUUCAACCAAUAUUCAUGAAUAACCAUGUAAAACAGAUUGUGGAACAGAAAUAUACAUGAUGUAAUAUUAACUGUACAAACCACACCGAGAUAUGUUAAAAGGUAUUAAGGUGCUUUUACUUAUUUAAAUUUGGAGGUUUUUAAGAAUAGAGAAUAAUCUAAAAUUAAAUUUUGCAAUAAUGAAUAUUCUUGCCUGAAUGUAUUGAAAAACUCUCUUAUUCAACAAUCCUCUUCUUUAAGGAUAAAAAUUUUCACAUGGAACUGAUUGCAUUGUUUUUGUUUUUCAUGCUUAGGAUUGGCUACUAGCACUGCUCAGUACAAAAAUAUUAAUCACCCUUUACACAAAAGACAAAAAAUGACUGACUGAGGGAGAAAAUACAGAGUUUUAGGGAUCGUAGUGGAAUUAAGGUUCCAUUGCUGGAUCUCUUUCUAUAAAUCAAAGUAAUUGUCUAAGUCUCACUAAAAACUUGGGUAUUUUGUGUUAUUGGAUUUUAGUAAUGUUUUCUUGCCAAAUCAGAGAGUGAGGUAGCUCAGUGGUAGGGCACUGAAUUCCAAUGCUCAAAGUCUCAGGUUCAAGUCCGGCUGAUGGCAGAUAAAUUAUUUAUUCUGGUUUGUCAGCCGUGGAUUGACCCUGCGGUCGAGAGAUCCUCCUGUGGUGCUCGCAACCUCAAUAAAGUGGAUACCCUUAAUUAAAUAAUCAAUUAAGGGAGAAAACCUGGCUGUUGAACGUGAUCUCUGUCAAAUCACCUCCUUGCACAACCAUUAACCAAGAAACAGUACUUCUUUACAAAAUACUGAACCCAAGACCCUUCAUGGGUUCUAGACCUAUCCUUUUUUUUUCCUAGCCAAUUCUCUGGAUAUAAGUCGGUUUUACCCACUUUUGAGUAUAAGUUUAUUUAAUUUAGGAUAAAAAGGAAUUUAAUCACUUGAACCAUAUUCUGUCUGAAAAUCCCAAAAUAGAUCUAUUUUAAUGCGAAAUUACCAAAGAGAUUGUUAUGUUUCUGUAUUUAUAACCUGCUUAUCCGACAGAGCUGGGUAACAUCUCAAAAGUAUACAAUAAAAUAUUUUUUUCAUAUUUUACAUUUUAAGAAAUGAAAUAUGUACGUUUGUAUUUGUAGCAAAAUAUAUUGCUGAAUUCCAGAGUCUUGUCAUCACAUCAGGAAGGACAGGCAAAAUAGACUCGCACCCUUUAAUUUUUACCCAAUACAUAUUUAAAAUUUGUUUUGGGCGUAUUGUUUUGUCAUAGUUACAUAAUGGUUAGUUAAGUUUUUCAUAAGUGAUCCUAGAUGGAGGUCUAAUCUUUUAGGAUUAGCGAUGAUUGCCCAAGGUUUAAUAAUGUUGAAGCAUUGCCUGUUUGAAUCUGAGCUAAAUGGUUUAAAAUUUAUUUUGUGGUCCAUGGAAUUGACCUCCCAUUCUAAUUAAAAUAGGUUUAGGUUGUAUCUCUAGUUAAUAGCUAAUUGAAUAAAAUAUUUUUUGAAAUAAAUAUAUUAAAAACAUAUCCGCAUUAUAUUUAAAAUAUUUUUUCUAUAACCAAUUUUAAAUUCUAUAUUUUAAAAUAAUAAUUACAAUGCUUUGCCCAAGAUUGGCAAAGAUCUGUUUAAAACUCCGUUUUUCCUUAAACAUGAAAAAAAAAAAAAAAUUCAAAUCCAAGUUCUAGUUAUUAGCUAAAGUUUGUGUACUAUCAUAAUAAUAAUAUGAAAUUUUAUGUGCUUAACGUUAAGUAUAUUUCAUAUAACAUCAAAUCUGUGUGUUAGCUUAGAAAACAAUAUUUUUCUAUUUACCUAUUUUUUAAUUUCAGGCAUGCCUUAGUGAAAUACCUAAUUAUAUCUUGGAUAAUUUAAAAUAGUUUUGUUGUCUCAAUUUAGAGCAGAUACUUGGGUGCCAAAGUAUUUAAUCUGUAUGAAGCAUUUUAUUAACAAUGGAUUAUGUAGGCUACUUGGCAUUCAGUAAUUGAGGCUUAUUGGAAAACUUCUAGAAAAAAAUUAUGAAAUCAUUUUAUAAAAUAUAAAGUACUUAUAAUGAGUUACAUAUGAAAUUAUCUGAAACACUUUUUGGAAUAAGAUGGUUGUAAAUUGUUUAGAGGAAUAAAAUGUUAUCCGUUAAAUUACUAUACUAUCCAUUAUGAUAUCCGUAUGUUAAUAUUAGGCCUAAUAUGAAUAAGCAUCAAUUUUGCAUAUUUGACUGAUGAUUAAAAUAAGCUAGUUGCCUUAAAAGUUUAAUUGAAUAUGAAAUUGUUUUUGAAAUACUAUAUGGAAUAAUAUAUUAAUUAUAAACUGUUUUUUCAAUUCCUAAUCCAUAUUUGUUUUAUUAUUCUAUAAAUACUGGUAGUUUUAUUUAUUUAUUUUUAAGUAGCGUACGUAUAGUUCAAGAGGAAAAUUAAUAAUCCCUCAUUUUUCCUCCUUAUUUAUGUUUAUAACUACAAUUUUAGGUUAGUUUUCUUCUCAAUUUAACCUAGUAUAAAAAAAUAGAAAUUUUUACUCAAACCUUGUGGUGUUUUAUUUUAAAUUAAAUUAAUCUAAACAUGAAUUGAGUGCAAUCCUGUAAAUUGCUCCUACAUUAACAAUAAUAUUAAAACAAUAUCAUCAAAGACAAUAUAUCCAAGGGGUUCCUCAGAAGUCUCAAUCUCAGUUACGAUUUUACUUUUGGCAAACAUACUUUAUUUAAUUUUAAUUUUCAUGGUCUGAAAAGUUUGUUUCUAGACAUUAAAACAUUUCUAGUUUCAAUUUGGUAAUUUUAUUGUUUCCUUAUUGAGAAAUCUACAGACAAAAAUCUUAACUUUUGUCCCAAAAUUUAGCAAAAAAAAAAAAGAAUCAAUUCCUGAUAAAUCUAUCUGCCUUCAUUGAAUUUUACAGUGCAAAUAAACUUUUAAGUGAACAUUUUCUUUAGCCAUGUAAUGAGCUUUUCAAAAAUGGAGUUAUUCCUUAAAAAAAAAGAAAAAUGCUUAUCCAGUUCGAAAAUGAAUCGUCGAUAUAAUAAAUCAUUGGAAAGAAGAGAAUUAUAGAAAAAAUAAUAUCUAAUAAAUAAAGUUGUAGAAGGUAAUGGUAAUGGUAACAUUAUUUAACGUAAAUCGCAUGUUAACAAGGAAAUUAAAUGAAAUUUUCUUACCGAAUAUAAACUUCUAAAAUUGUUUUAAGUUUGACAAAAAGUAUUUAAAAUCCCUAGAAUCAAGGCAAUGACAUUGUUUAAGAUACUAUUUCAUUGUACUUGUGUGAAAGAAAAAGUGAAAUAUAAAAAUAUUUCAUGGAUAUGUUUAUAACCUUAAAUAUAUUUACUGUAGUUUAAUAACUCUAGAUCUAUUAUAAUUAAGUAUCUAUCAUCUGGUUAUUCCAAAAAAUCAUCAUGUAACCUUUUAGAAAAUUAAAUUAGUGAAUAAUUUGA